GUCCGAAACCGCUCCUCUCAUCCACCAUGUCCCCCGUCGCCUGCUGCUCCGCCGGCCCCACCGUGGGCGGCCUGUGCCCCGUGCCGGCGGCACCGUCCGUCACCCUCUGCUCCGGCGACGUGAGCUGCGGAGAUGCCCUCUGCCUGCCCGGCGCCUGCCCGGGGGGCUCCUGGCUCCUGGACAACUGCCAGGAGACCUGCUGUGAGCCGUCCGGCUGCGGCCCGGUCGGCUGCGGGCCCGGCCCCUGCUACGUCGCGUCCGGCCGCCCCUCCUCGUGCUACGUCUCCGGACCCGGCCUGGCCGUGAGCUGCCUCCCCCUGACCUCGUACGGGUCCGGCCCCUGCGCCCCGGCCUGCGGUCGGCCGGUCGCCUACGUGGCCAGCGCCGGCCAGUUCCCGAGCUUCGUGGCCGGCGGCUGCCGCCCCUUCAGCUCCCUCUCCGGAGGCUGCAGCCCCCUGACCUUCGUGGCCGGCGGCUGCCGCCCCCAGAGUCCUCUGUCCAGUGGCUGCCGCCCCUUGAUGCUUGUUUCUAGUGGCUGCGGCCCCUUGAGUUCUGUGUCCAGCAGCUGCCGCCCCCUGAGUUCUGCGUCCAGCGUCUGCUACCCCCUGAGCUCCGUGUCCAGCAGCUGCCGGCCUCAAAACCUGGUGUCCAGCAGCUGCCGGCCCUUGAGCGCCGUGUCUAUCAGCUUCCGUCCAUCCCUCGCCGUGCCGGGCUGCUGUCCGUCUCCUUGUUCCAGGGGACCGUGCUGA